CAGUAAACACAAAAAUUGAAACAAUGGCAGUGAGUUAUCCAAACAUUAAACUGCUUCCACUCCAUCUUCUUCCAAGGCAAGUCUACACAUCUCACGGUCUUCACUUUAACAAAAAAGGGAAAGUCAGAAUAGCUGAAAUGGUUAAUAAAUUAAUGCAAAUCAAAGGACCUCACCAAAACCCAGCCGAUGCAACAAAAGUUCCGUCCAAUAUGAUCCAACAUCGCAAUGGUGGCGGGAUCAUAGUUGUGGAAGAAGAGAUGAGUAAAGUUAUAGAACGGUAUAAUAAUGAUCCUACUGUAGGUCUAGCACACACAGUUUCCCGUGAUUUUCAAAUGUCUGCAGGUGUGGCUGUUGUGUUUCGAAAGAAAUUCGGUCGCCCUCAGAUGUCUGACCUCAUUUUUCAAAAUCUAGCAUAUCAGCAAGUCAAUGAAGGGCUUUCAGUGUAUAGUUUGGUGACAAAAGAGAUGUACUAUGGCAAGCCGACCAAUGAAGAAUAUGAUACAGCUUUUCAACAACUAAAAAUAGAUUUUCAAACUAGAGGCUUAAAAGUGCUGAUAUGCUCUGCCAUGGGUUGCGUUAGGGAUUUGAUCCAGCCACAGCACUUUGUUGAUAGAAUAAGCGAGUUUCAGAAGGCAACAGGAGCUACAGUCUAUAUAGUAUCCUAUAACCAAGAAGUGAAACGUAAACUGUGGCGUGGGAUGUCACAUGAGGAGUUCGUGAAGACGUUACGACAACUGAUUGCUGACCGAAUGGAACGAGAGCAGAGUUCAGCGCCUGAAGAGAACAAGGCUGAGGACCGAUCAGCAACUCCUGACAUCAACUCUGCCCAGGCCUCAGGAUCCAGCAAUGAAUUCACUCCCCCUGCUUUGGUCCCCUGA